CCUACCUGUCCCUUCCCGGCAAGGCCGGUUGGGUGUGGCCUCACCACACGCAGACAGCGUCCCUUUCACUUGUCUGAAGCAGAGUGUAGCUCCCCACCUCAAGCAGACCCCCAACACACACACUCACAUCUGGUCUCAGCUCAGGGCCUCCUGGGGGGAAGCUGGGAGGGUAGGGGAAACUGGGGGCUGGGGUGGGCGGUGCCUUUGCCAAGCCCCCUCCCCUAGCCCUGCACUGUCACCCAGCCUGGAAACCCAAGGGCUCUGCUGGGGACAGGGCUGGGGUCCCAUACAUGGGGGCGCCCUGUAACAUUCCCUUGGGGCCCUAGACUCCCCGCCGAUGCCCCACUCUUUCCCCCUUUGGCCUCUUUCAGCUCCGGGUAGGGGUCUGGCUGGGGGCCCCCUUCAUCCCAAGUGUCUGGGGCUCCAACCCCAGCUGCCAAGUGACCUUGUCCCAGCGUCCUGUCCCCAAGUGAGCUGCGUGAGUGGUGCGUGUCUGUGCGAGCUUUAUUUCAUAUUGCAAAUACAAUAAAGGAAACCGUUGACAACUGCUGGUGCUGCAGGCUGAGUGAGGGGCACAGGGCGGGGCCGAAUGAGAUAGCCACAGUGGUUUCUUCUGGGGCUGCAAGAUCGCUGCUCCCUUUCCCAAGGAAUCAUGUCCCCAGUUCUCCCCUGGGGGAGGGGCGACAACUUCUGCCCAGAACAGGAAGGGGUUUCUCCGGGCAGGAAGUGAGCCCAGCAACCUCUUCAAGUUCAAGCUGAGUCCUGGCACCCGGUCUUGGGUGACUUCCAGUCCCACAUGUCCCCAUCACACGAUGCAGGCUUAAGGCCAUACAGCUGACGAACGCACAGCCCCCACAAGUGAGACAACCGACUGAGGAAUAAAGCCCUACAUAGCACAGGGGUGGUGGUCUCAGUUUCCUUCCAGACCCUAAUAGCCCCUGCUGCAUUGUGGGGCUUGUGGGGCUUGUCGACGCCUGGACUGUCCAUCUCAGCCCUACAACUAAACAGCCGGUGGCUGUCCUCUGAGCCCAUGUUCUCCCGGUGACACGGGGCCACCUGCCUGACUUUGAGGUCAUGAGCUCACCCUGUUCACUGCCUGUGCUACACAUUGAGGCGCAGCUGUGUGCACGUGGGGAUCAACCUUGGUGUCCUUUGAAAGCCUGAAACUAGAAAACAAAGAAGUUGCUGCAGGGUCAGUGUGGAAACCUCAGUGUUGGUCAUACCCGUGUGCAGACUGGCCCUGGUGACCAGCGUUGUCCUCAUGAGCCUCAAGGACAAGGCCCCUGAGGCCAGUGAGAACAGCUGCAGCUCACUCUAUGUGUGCCCCGUCUUCAUGCCUUGAGUACUUGUAGGGGGAUGUCUGGGGCCGUGGGCUCAGAGGGGCUUGGGGACGAAAGAUGGGAUCCUGAGGACGGCAGAUGGUGUUGGAGGGAGUCUGUACUCACCCCCCAGGGCAGCGAGUGGAGAGGGGUCUGCUAAGUCAGGCACUGUCCUCCCUGCCGGCAGUGUGACCGCCUGUGGGCUGGGAGGUAUGAAUUGCACCCCCUCUGCCUCUGUGGGGGGACCUGUGAACCUUGCCCCAUUCCCUUUUGAUUGAUUGGCAACUAGAUAGUAGCGGGUUCCACCUCAUGGCCCCCUGACAGAGAGGAGGAGACCAGGCAGGGGAGGAGUUGCAGGUUCGGGAGGGAGGGAUUACUGGAUCCCACUGGGCAUGUUAUCAGCCAGUGCCAGGCUGGGCUGUGUCAGGGCUGGGGGUGGCAUCUCUCUGGGCCCUCUUAUCAGCCCCAGAGUCCACAGGACGCUCGUCCAGGUUAACGUGUAACUAUGCACCCUCCCCUUCACCCCCCCCCACCAAAGCCACCAGUGCUCAGGCAGAGGUGACGGGGGUGUGAGAAACCAGCAUGGACACCAGGGGAAGGGGGCCACCCCGGGAGCCUGGCCUUGCAGUCCACAACGUACACAUCGGCAGGUGGCUCAGCCCCUUCUUCCUCACCUGCACUAUCUACUUCCUCCUCUGGAACCCUGAGGACCCACCAUCCCCGCUUCAUGCCCUGGUCAAAUGUCUGCCCGUGCUCAGCCUGGCUGUGUGCCUGCGGGCCUUGUCCCCCAGCAGGAGCUACACUGCGCUCGUGCAGGGAGCCUUGCUGUGCUCGGCUGUGGGAGACAUCUGCCUCAUCUGGCCUGACGCCUUCCUGUACGGUGAGCGGGCCACAUCAUGACACCUCUCGGGGACCUAAUUUAAGAUGCUCUACAGAGGAGUUGAGCAGCACUGGGGCUCAGGGGAGACUUUUUGGUGGAGCACGUACCACUAGCCAGGUGGUGAGCGGGUUUCAAAGGCAGCAACUGCCAGGACAGACAAAACUACCUGCCCUCAUGGAGCUGGCAUCCCAGUGUGGGGGACCAGAGUAUGAUGUUAGGAGGCAGUAAGUGCCACGGAAGGAGCCCUGGUGGCACAACACUUGAGCCCUCAGCUGCUAGCUGAAAGGUCAGUGGUUCAAACCCACCCAGUGGCUCCACUGGAAAAAGAUCUGGUGAUCUGUUCCCAUAAAGAUGACAGCCUAGGAAACCCUAUGGGGCAGUUCUCUGUCACACGGGUCACUAUGACUCAGAAACGACUCAACUUCAUACAACAACAAGGGGCAUGGAGAAUUAAGAUUGACCAGGGGCAGGGUUGGUAUGCAGUGUUAAAUAUAGUAAUCGGGAAUGGCUUCCAUGAGAAGGUAGCAUCUGGGCAAAGUCCUGAAGGAACGGAUGGAGCUAACCACAGGCGUAUCUGGGGGUGGGGCCUUCCAGGCAGAGAGACUAACACGUGCAAAGUCCCUGAGGUAGGUGCGGUCCUGGUGACUGUCUAAAGAGGUGGCUGGGGCAGAAGGUGUGGACCUUGUAGGCCACAGUCAGUAAAGAUAACUGGGUGCUCUCUUGGGGUGUCAUGGGGGUGGGUGGAGGGUUUAGAGCAGGGGAGCAUGAUUUGGUGUGCAUUUUAAGAUAUCCCCAACUGCCGGAGGUUCCUGGGUGGUACAACUGGUUUGUACCACUGACCGGUUGGUGGUUCAAACUCACCCAGUAGCUCUGUGGAAAAAAGUUCUGACAAUCUGCUUCUGUAAAGGUUACAGCCAAGGAAGCCCUGUGGAGCAGUUCUACUCUGACACACAAUAGGGUUGCCAUGAGUCAGAAUUGAUGACAACAGUUUUUAUUUAUUUUGUUUUUUCUGACUGCUGUGUUGAAAACCGACUGGGAGGCAAGGGCAGUUGGGCAACACUGUAAUCCCAGCACGAGAUGAUGGUGGCAGGGAUUGGGCGGGAGCAGGGCCCUCCCUUCAGGUUUGUGUGGUGGUGGUGGCCCAGGGGAAGAGGAAAAGUGGGGAGAAUCAGGAGGACUUACGGACCACCACCCUCACUGGGCGCCCAACCCCUCUUACAGGCAUGGUUGCCUUUGCCACAGCCCACCUCCUCUACCUCGCGACCUUCGGCUUCUCCCCACUGCAGCCGGCCACCCUACUGCCCGUUGCCCUGGCCUGUAUUCCAUACUAUGGCCUCCUGCUGCCACACCUGCCCCCGGACAAGGCCCUACCUGUGGCAGCCUACGCCCUCCUGCUGGCUGCAGUGCUGUGGCGUGGCCUGGUCUGGGGAGGCAGUGCCGGCCUGGGAGCUCUGCUCUUCACAAUCUCAGAUGCUGUGCUGGCCUGGGAUGCCUUUGCCCAGCCCCUGCCCCACGCCCACUUGGUGGUCAUGACCACCUACUAAGCUGCCCAGGCUCUCAUCACUCUGUCAGCCAUCAGUGGCCCCAGGCACAAAAGGAACUGACCUUGCCCUGUCCAUUCCCCUCCCCUGCUGCCAGGAUACUUGGGCUUCUUGGACCUCCUAUCCCAAGAGGAGUCCCAUGGAGCGUACUUCUGGACUCCUGCCUGUGGGCACAGCGGGCUCAGAACAUUGGGUACUGUUUGUGAAAUUCCCUUUCUACCAUAGAGUUCCAGAAAUCUCCCUUCAGUUCCAUGUUCAGGUUCCAGACCCCUCACCAGACCCACAGCUUGCCUCUCCAUCCCUCUGCCUCCUCCCCUGGCUCUAAUCUAUUUUUUCACUAAGUAAAGUGGGUAUUGAAAUGGCAAUAUCUCAUUAUUUUGGGAGGGAUGUGGUCACAAUUAAUGGCACCAAGUGUUUAUUAAGUGCUGACUGUGACCCAGGCCCAGCAUCCAGGGCUUAUGGAACAUGUUACAGAAUUCUCCCCACAGCCCUAUGAUGUGGGAGGUUCAUGAUUCCCAUUUUACAGGGGAGAAUUUAAAGAGCUGAUGCCCACAGGAGACUGGUCACAUAUCACAUUAGGGGAGGAGAGGGUUGGGGAGGCGAGGAGACUCAAACAUGAAGAGGCCUUCCAGGAGGGGGUGGGUGGCAAGGGGGUAGGAACAGAGCACUCUGGUUUUGUGGGCUCUACCUUGGCUGUCUGCCCUUGUCAAGCUGUUUCUCCUAUCUGGGCCUCAGGUUCUGCAUCUGUAGACAUGAGGGGUCACAACUACACUCCAAGGCCCCAUGGCACUCAGCUUCUACAGUCCAUGAUGUGCGUUUGAGGACUUUUACAGCAGAGAGGAGACUUCGGCAUUCCAUGAAGUGCACUUAAGAACUCUUAUAACAAAGAGGAGGCUUCUACAUGCCAUGAGGUGUAUUUAGGGACUCUUAUGACAGAGAGAGGACUUCUACAUUCCAUGAUGUGCAUUUGGGGACUCUUAAGCGGAGAGGAGAGUUCUACAUUCUGUGAAGUGCACUUAUGAACUCUUAGAGCAGUGAGGAGACUUCUACAUUUCAUGAUGUGCAUUUAGGAACUCUUACAGCAGAGAGGAGACUUCUGUAUUCCGUGAUGUGUAUUUAGGGACUCUUACAGUGGAGAGGAGACCUCUACAUGCCAUGAUGUGCAUCUGGGGACUCUUAGAGCAGAGAGGAGACCUCUACAUGCCAUGAUGUGCAUCUGGGGACUCUUACAGCAGAGAAGAUACAAGAGCAUAGAGAACUCCUGUAGGUGUGAUGGUGCAGAGAUAGGAGGAAAAGUGGAUAGUCUGAGUAAAGGAGGACAGAGGAUGAAGGUGAGGAGAGAACUCUACAGUUGAAACUAGGAGGAUAGCCCAGCAAAAAGAACUUCCCGGGGAAGGGUCACAGCAGGAGGUGAGGAUCUGAAAGGGUAGAUUCUUAUGCAUGAAACCUUUACUUCCUCCUCUUCUCCUUCCCUUCCUCAUCUCAGGCCACACAAAAAGGCUAGGAAAGGUGAAACUCUGCAGAGUAACUUUGAGCAGGAGGAAGGAUUGGGUCUGGAGACAUGAGUGGGGUGGUGGUCAGUCAAGGGGCCUGGGGAUGCCUGCUGCUGUUGGUGAGUGCUCCCCACCGGACUGGGCUCCAGGGUCUGGGGAAGGGGCUGGAGGGAAGAGGGGCUGGGGACUGGAAAUCUGAGUUUUGGAAGAAUAGGGAGCUGGAAACACAGACUUCUAAGUCUGAGGAAGGAGGUGUCUGGGACUCUGACUCCUAGGUCUGAGCGAAUGGGCUGGGGGUCCAAAUUCCUGGGUUUGAGGGAGGAAGGGCUGGGGUUCAGGACUCCUGGGUCUGAGGGGGGAGGGCCUGUGGUCCCAGAAGGCUGGUUCCUCAAGUGAACCCACACAACCCUCACACCCAGGCCCAGUCGUGCCUGCGCCCAUCCUGCUGUCUCUCCUCUCUGAAUCGGUCUCCCUACAGCCCUGGUCUGAUUCUUGUCACUCGUGUUUCUCAAAAGCAGAACUCCACUGGGUGCCUGUGCAUCCUUCUCCCCCUCCUUGUACUUCUGGGAGGAGCUGACCCUGGAUGACCUGUGGCAGGACACAGGCCUGGGGAGAGGGGCAGAUCUCUAGGGUCCCCUUCUUUCUCAGGCCAGGUUGGCUCCUUGGAAUGAGCGGGGAGGGGGAUUCAGUGACCCUUCCCAUCCCGGUCUCACCUCCCAGACUCUGAGUCUGACUCCCCACCUGGACUCUCCCCAGGCCCUCUGCACCAGGGUGGACGCCACAACAACUGGUGAGUGACCCGCAUAGGGAAGAACGAGGAAGGAACAGGCAGGGGAUGCAGUAAGAUUCCCUCCCCUGCUCACACCAGACCCUUCUCCCCAGCCCAGUCAGAAACUUAACUAUGGAGCUUCAGACCACUAGCUCUGUCACGCUGAGCUGGGUGGCCUUGAGGUCCCCGAAUCCCAAACCUACUUGUCUUAGUUAUCUAGUGCUGUUGUAACAGAAAUACCACAAGUGGAUGACUUUAACAAUCAGAAAUUUGUUCUCUUAACAGUUUGGGAGGCUAGAAGUCUGAAUUCAGAGUGCUAGCUCCAGGGGAAGGCUUUCUCUCUCUGUUGGCUCUGGGGAAAGGUCCUUGUCAUCAAUCUUCCCCUUGUCUAGGAGCUUCUCAGUGUGGGGACCUUGGGCCCAAAGGACAGGCUGUACUCCUGGCACUUCUUUCUUGGUGGUAAUGAUGCCCCCCUGUCUCUCUGCUCCCUUCUCUUUCGUAUCUCAAAAGAGAUUGACUCAAAAUACAAUCUAAUCCUGUAGAUUGAGUCCUGCCUCAUUAACAUAACUGCCUCUAAUCCUGCCACAUUAACAUCAUAGAGGUUAGGAUUUAAAGCACAUAGGAUGAUCACAUCAGAUCACAAAAUGGAGGAUGACCACACAAUCCUGAGAAUCAUGGCCUAGCCAAGGUGACACACAUUUUUGGGGGACACAAUUCAAUCAGUCCAUAACACUACUUCUACUGGGUCCAGUGUCCUGGGGCAGCCAUGGCUGAAAACCAGGUGAUAUUAUGCACUACAGAUUAGUAAGUAAGCACAAUUAAGACCGUGCAUACCUUGCUUGGAAACCCAGGUGGCAUAGUGAUUAAGUGCUAUGGCUACUAACCAAAAGGUCAGCAGUUCGAAUCCACCAGGCUCUCCUUGGAAAUUCUAUGAGGCAGUUCUACCCUGUCAUAUAGGGUCAUUGAGUUGGAAUCGACUCGACAGCAAUGGGUUUGGUUUUGGUAUACCUUGUUUAUUGGGUAAUCCA